UAGGUACCCAUCAGAGCUGGGUCGAUUCAGGACGAUCCACUUAUUUGAACCCAGAUUCGAACUCGAGACUCUCGGGUUAGCAGUCUACCGAUAACAGUAAAAUUUAGUCUAUUUUAAAAAAAAAAACGUAGUCAAUAAAAGAAGAAAUCAAACUGAUUUAGCCGAAGAAACAUUUGUUAGAUUGACAGCUGAAAGCCAACCCAUCUAGAAUGUUCGUGAAACAGUUGACCAUCGCCCUGUUGGUUUUCGCUGUGUACGUUAAUGCUGGCGAACUAAGUUCGGUUGGGGAUAACGUCAAGCGAGCAACAAAUUGUAGUCCCCCGUACGAUUUUUACUGUGACGGUAGAAAAUGCUUGCCACAGGCUUUCGUAUGUAAUGGCCUUGACGACUGUGAUGAUCUAAGCGACGAAGCUAACUGCCCACCAAAUUGUAGUGGACCAAAGAUGUUCAGAUGUGCUGAUGGAGAUCUGUGCGUGGCACGUUACGACAGAUGUAACGGCCAAAA